AUGCCAGCAGCUGCUGCAGCCCCCGCCGCCGCCGCCGUCGAGGAAGCACCCGUCGAGGUCCGUUCCCUUCCCUCUCUCCCUCCCUCUUUCUCUCAUAUCUCAUCUCCCGCCUCGAACGAGACACUCACCCCCGAAAAACCGAAAGAGAAGACGAUCUUCAACGUCAUGCUCAAAUCUUUCGAUCCCGCCAUCAAACCCAAGGUGAUUCGUGAGGUCAAGGCACUCGUCCCGAAUCUCACACUCAUGGAAGCCAAGAAAUUCGUUGAAUCCGUUCCUCAAGUCCUCAAGGAAAAUCUUGCCAAAGAGGAUGCGGAGAAACUAAAGGCGACGUUUGAAAGUCUGGGAGCGGUUAUAGAACUAGAGUAG